AUGAAUUCUGUUCCUACAGCUGCGGUGCAUGCCGCUUACAUGAUGAUCAAGGAGAAUGCAAAAUGGUAUGCCUCUACCCUACUUGAUUCGCCACUUGAUCCCAAGAAGAAGAGGACCGGUACUUACUUAGAAAGGAUCAAACAUAUUGAGGUACCGAAACAGAAAAAUAAUAAAGUAGUACCAUCGGCUUUGACACUAGUUACAUCUGCUGCCAGUCCUAAAGUGACCAAGAGGUCACCAGAAAAAAAGAAACCAGAGGUUAUUCCGGCAAAGGAAUUCGAGAGGAAGAGGAAAACAAGGAAUAACUCACCGGAUUUAGAAGGCACUGAACUAGAGGUAGAAAUGAAGAAAACAAGCCAAUCAAGCAAGAAGACGAAGUCAACUGGUAAUGUACAAACAACCUCUGCACCGGUUAAAGCUUAUGUCAAAAUGCAACAAGUAUCCAAAGCUAAUAGACAGGAUGAGCAAGAGCCUGACUCAUCAACAGCCAAACCGGAUGAAGUCUUUGACAGUAUGGGUGAUGGAAUAUUAGAACAAAAUGAUCCCAUUGAUGUUGAUGCACUGGAUAUUGAGGAUAUCACUUCAGAAAAGGAUGAGAAAGCGGAAAAAGAGAAACGGGAAAAAGAGAAAGCGGAUAAAGAAAAGAAAGAGAAAGAGCUAGCGGAGAAAGCAAGGCAGGGAACAGUUUGCACAGUUACACAAAAACUGUCGGAUGGAACAAAUAAGUUAUAA